AUGUUGCGAUCAAAACUGGUAGUACAGAGUAAGACAAAUGUCAAUGUUGCCAAAGUUCUACGAAGAGAUCAUCCUGUUCUUCCUUCAAAAAUUCAUCGAAAACCAAUUCGAAGAAAAAUACUACCGCAAGAAGGAAAUUCAACUAAUGAUGAGACGAUAGUCAGUUCAGUUUCGUCUACGAACUCUACUGAUAGCAAUGAACAAGAAGUAUAUUACAUCAUUCGAGUACCACCUGUACUCACACAAUUUGAUAAUCGUUCGUCAGAAACUCCUUGUCUUGUUAAACUGAGUGAAAACUCAUCUGUACCUAAUAACGACAAUUUUUACCAUCGAUCAACAUCAACUUUGGUUAGUAUGAUACCAGCUUUGUCCGGCGAUGUUGGCUUAUCGGUAAACGAAAAGAAGAUCUCACGGAGAGAUGGUACAAACUAUGACAAGCCGGUUUCGAAAAAAAAUCAACCGACAUCAAUGAAAAAGAUUAAUCUAGAAAAUUUACAUGCAACCGAGAAAGAUAACCGCCGUCACUGGCGACUUUUCAGGAAAAUGUGUCCAUUCUGUUCCAAUUGCUGCUGUUUGGUUUCAUUUAUCGCUGUUUUAUUAUUACUUGUUGCUAUCGCAGCUUUACUAGUAUAUCUUUUAACAAAACAUGCGACAACAACAACUACCACCACUACCACUACCACCUCGGUAACCACAACGACAAGCACAACCUCUACCACUACGACCACAACAAGCACAAGUACAUCAACAAGUUCUACUUCAAGUACAUCAACAUCGACCUCCACAAGUACUACUACUACUGCAACUAUGACAACAACUACAACUCCUACGCCUCCAUGUGUACCGACAUCGGUGGGUUCUGCUAGUACACUUUACUCAACAUCAUCUGGCGCAAACACGGUUUACACAUGUUUUGCGUAUGAGUGGACAUCACCAACAACAGGACCAGUUAAACUAGCUUUUCAAUUGCGACAUGAUCCAGACUUAUGGUAUGUUGACGACGUAUCGGUCUAUGCCGGAGGAACUCAAAUGUUAACAAAUGGAGGAUUCGAAAAUGCUUUGCUUUCUCCUUGGGUUGUAUCGAAUCCAAAUGGUCCUUGCAGCGGGUCGGCAGGUCAUGUGAGUAGUUCAUCUUGUCGCAGUGGAUCGCAAUGUUUUUCUGAUGGAAGCAAUGGAUGCGCUGAUCAAGUUGCACAGCAAUUCACAGCUACCGCUGGACAAUUAUAUUUGGUCAGUUUCUGGUUGAAAUCAGGCAAUACUGGAUCGAACGCAAAUGACGUUAAUUGUGUGGAAAUGUUUUAUCGCGCUUGUGCUGCAAAGUCAAGUAAACCAAGCAUGCUAUUGAACUUCGACACGUUAAAACCAACAAUAAACCAAAUUUUCUGGGUUUGUCAAAUCAACGAUACUGAAAUGACACUUGAAGACGUCAUUGGAUCGAUAACACUAAGCGGAAAGCAAGCGCCAGAUGUAAUUAUAGACAAGCAAUUGGCUGGACUAGUGGUUGAUUAUUGGGAUCGAUUAUGA